AUGUCAACGGCAAAAAUUUCUCUACAUUGUAAUUCUAUCGACCAAAUACUUAACGGCGGCAUUGCAACACGCUCCAUUACCGAGGUUUGUGGCGAGAACGCAUCAGGUAAAACUCAAUUAUGCCUACAAGCUGUAAUGUGUGCACAAUUGCCACCAAGACUUGGUGGUCUUUACUGUGGAUCUAUAUACUUAAACACAAGUGGGCCUUUUCCAUCAACUAGAGCCAGCACAUUAGCAAUUAAAUGUCGCACAAUUUAUGAUUCAAAUGAAAAUCCCUUAGACAACAUCAUUGUGAAACAAGUUAAUUCCCCCGAGGAAAUGAUUGUUGUCCUAGACAAUCUUAAAACCCUAAUGGAGAAUUCCUUACUUACUACUCGACCUAUACGCCUACUGGUACUCGAUUCAAUAACGGCCCUAUGCCGCUCUUAUUUUAGUACUAAUGAUAUAACAGCAAGGAGUACUUUUUUGCGAAAAGUGAAUACUACUCUUAAUGAAUUAGCUAAUCAAUACAACUCCGCUAUCAUCAUCACAAACGAGGUUACUGACGUAGUUGGCAGCUCCGUACGGGGAACGAGGGGUCACGUUCAUCAAGUGCAAAGUAGUGGAAGGAUGGUGCAACCAAGUCUUGGUAUGUAUUGGACCGGACUAAUAAACAUCCGUAUCUUCCUCACGAAAGAGGAUACAGAUGGAAGAACACGUAGAGAAGCACGUGUUGUAUUAUCUUCUACUCUACCACUUAGACGGGCCGAAUUCGCUAUAGGCCCAUUGGGAUUAUUUUGCAACAUACAAACUGUUCGUAUUUACUAG